CGUACAAUGUCGCCUCUGCGCAAGAAUAUCUCGACGCAACGUUUGCAGUCUCACAGGAUGCUUGUCGUCUCAGAAGAAGAAGAUUGCCGCGACGCGUCGCAGAUCCCCGGGAGGCGCACGGAAGGACGAGGACGUCCAACACUUCCGUGAGGAAGCAUCAACGCCGUUCCGCUCCUUGAUGCCCUACGCACCCAAUCAUGCCCCCGUCAGCCGAUGGCUCGCCCGUACAGAGCGAGCCGCCUUCCUUCACACCACUAGCCACUCAUGAUUUCCCCACCUCAGUCGCUGGCGGUCAGCAGGCCGCCGCCUCUACCGCCAGUAGCCGGAGCCACCACCUUCUUCCUGCGUCCAUUUCACCGACCGCAGACCUUGCCCUUGUCUUCACCACCACAGCCCCGCCGCCUGUGGCUCCGGCGACAAGCGCUGCUGGACCAGCAGCGGCAGCGCUCAAUCAGUCGGGCCUCUCUGCAGCUCAGAAGCUGAUCCAACAGCGAAUGGCGGCUAUGAGGGCGAGGGCGGCAGCCGCUGCUGGUCUACCCUCAGGCUCCAGCGCAGGCGAUGUGGCUUCUGGACCGGUCAAGGGACAACCAGUAGAGAUGUCGCUCUGGCGGAUUGGUGCUGAGAUGGAGCUCGUAUGGAAGCAGCAGAUCAAAAUGCCAGAUGCGCUCUUCGAAGAUGGGGAGGAACGGGUAGGGGUAACUGCCAAAGAGAGAGAGCAGGAGACGCUCACAGUGGGAGAAAUGCAGUGGAGCCCCAAUGGCCGUCAGAUUGCCCUUCAGAUCACCGUCUCUCGCUCCACCAGCAGCGAGUCGUUCAAAAGAAGUAUAACAGCGGCCAAUCUGUAUACCGUACAAGACGGUCUGCUGGCGUCUGUCAGCCCUCUCCCAGGUGCAUCACCGAGACCUUCUGCGAGAGGUCACAAGCAGAUGCUCUGGGUCAAUCUCAAUGGCGCAACCUCCUUGGACCGAGGCGAGACACCUGGGGCCAGCAGAUAUGCUCUCAAGAAGUAUCCCGGACGAUCUCCCGUAGAUCUCAGUCCCAUUAUAGCCCUCGCAGCUGCAUCUCCAGGCUCAGGCAGCGCCAGUGGGUCAGGCGGAGGAGGACGAUUUCAUGCGCUCAUGGGAGGAGGGGGAGGCACAAAGGCUGAAAUUAUCUUGCCCUCGCAACGGGGCUUGGAAUCCGAGCACGCAUCGAAGGGAGGAGAUGGGGAGAAGGAAGAUCUCCUUCGGUGUUGGAGCAGUCUCGCUGGUACUUCGGGCAGCGAAAUGGAUCUUCUCCUGGUUGCAGGCCAGGACCUCAAUGACCGAUCAGGCGUCUGGCUUCUACUACGAGGCAAGGUGCCGAUAGCUUUCCUGCAAAUGCCGGAGGCGGGUCAAGGUCAAGGAAGACUUUUGUCGUGCUUUCUAGACUCGCAGCGAGAAGUCCACACUGCAGUCCUUGAGCUGAGCGAGGGUGAUGGUGCAGAGCGACAGCUUCACCUUCGCAUCUGUCGUACCGGUACGCCUUUCCUCGUGCGGCCCUCCAGCCUCACAUCCCUUCUGCAUCUCAUGGACGUCUCCAGUCGUCUACGCACACUCUCAGCCCAAGCUCUGGACCUCAGCUUCCUACUCUCGGCAGUCUUCAAGACUCUCAAGGCAGUCGCACCAAUACCAAACGGAUCUCUCUCUGCCCAGCAAGCUACAAUGCUACCUCCCAUAUCGCGGCUGCAGUACGCCAUGGAGCAAUUGGCAAUUAGCCAUGUACAAAGUAUGAGGAAUCACCUCAUCACUCUUCUCUGCACGGGAGUUGCCUCCGAGAUGAUUGAGUCCUUGUUGCUCAACACACUGGUCUCAGGAAAGUGGAAAGGCAUAUACGAAGAAACUCUGAAAGCCUAUGAAGCCAUUGAAGUCGCCGCAAGUGAGCUUGGCAGAGUAGCAGAAGAGAUGGGCGGGUGUGUCACAGAGCUCGAGGGCUGGUCAGACUGGAACGAGCGGUCUCGUCCCUUUUUACCGGAUCUGGUCAACGAUCUGCCGCUUUCAUCUCACCUGCACGCCCAGCAGAACUCGAUCUCCAUUCUGCGCAGCAGCGCUCAUAAAAUCAUACACUAUGCCCAAGGCGAGCGCCUAGCGUGGGACGAGAUGAACAAGUGGGUCGGCUGGGAGAGGGAGAGAGUAGAGGCUCUCAAUACAGAGCUAGAUGAACAGCCGUAUACGGCUCGGACCUUCGACCCUCUGGUCAUCAUCGAGUUCGUGCAGAGGGAUUUCGAGUGUCCGGAACUACGCUGGCUGUUGUUGAAUGAAAAGUCGAAGGUACAGAGGGACUCGGAAGCAGAAGGGAAAGGAGAUGAUACGGAAGAGAGCUUCGUAAAGGCCAACGGCACUCAGAACCCGCCGGUCGUAGAGGAUAAGACAGACACCGAAGCCAUCUUGAAGCAGCUCGACGGAGAGGACAGAGGCGCCUUCGCCAUGGACGAGCUGUCUAAAGCAAAUUCCAAGCAGCGAUUGAAGGAGACCUUGCGAUGGCUGCAAGACGAGCGACUCGGCCAUGACACCACACCUGACUUGCAGGCACAUUCAUCGUCUCACAUCGCUAGCGAUGAGCCACCUAGACUCUUUCAAGCAGAGAUUGUCCCACCCCACGGCGACUCCAUGUACACGGACGUCCCAUUGGCUCCGAGGCUUCGUCACAUCGUCAAGGCACUGAGAGCUGUCUUUGAAGGCCUUUCGCAAAGGCUGAGUGACCUCGAGACAGUCACCGAAACAAUCUCUCUACCAUUGCGACAAGGAUGGGGUGGUCUGUCCAACAUCGGUACAUCUGGGCGAGAUGUCAUUGCCAGUCUCCCCGCGGGAUAUCAUCAGCAUGGAAAGGGUGCAAUGUCAGGUCCGGCUGCCGAAACAGAGCAACCAGAGUCUCUUCUGGCGAGCGUGGCCCACCUGGCCAGGAGUAGCGUGUACGUAGAUGUGACUACAGGUGAGACUGUUCACCAAGUCAUAGUCGGCAGUUCCGACCGCCGUAGUCUACUCUGCGUCCGCGUUCCCAGAUCUACAGGAAAUGGACUGGGAAGUGUCGUCGAAGUGAGCCUCGACUUCGAGUCUUUCGAGCUCUUGGGCCACGACAGACUACUCAUCGUUACCAAGGAUCGGCCUUCCGCUCUCUCAACGCCUAGCGCGCUCGAAUGCGUCGAUCUAGACGCCCUCUUCGAGGGCUCAGCGCAAACCGUUGACGAAUAUGUGUCCCAAGUCGACUUGACUUCAAGUGGGACAAUGCCAGACUCGGUCGUCCUCCUGCGUCAAGCACUCUCGACGGAUGAUAGCGCUGUUGCAGAUGACGCAGACAAGGAGGAGGACAAUGUCAAGCGGCAACUUGCUGUGAGCAGCGGGAGAAACAUCGCUGCGAUUCUCACCCGUAGCCGUCAAGCAGGCGCGGCUGCAGGUGCGGGGGAGCAACAGCAGCAGCAGCCGGCCUGGACUCGACAGGUGGUCGAAUUUUGGGACGUGGUCGCGGCUGAGGAGGAUGAAGAGGGUGAAGAUGAUGGUAUGGCGGAGUAG